AUGGCGCUCGUCCUCCUCACAGUCGUGUACAUCACCCUACCGCCAGACUCGCCCACCGUCCUAGCCGUGCGAUUCAACACCGCCCGCGUCAAGGCCCUGCUGCGCUUCUCCCACCGAGACGCCUGGCUCCGUCGGCCGCCGCGGUACCCCGUCCAUCUCCCCAGCGAGGUGGGCUACCUCAUCAAGACGGGGUACGGGACGAGACACCGCGUCAAGGAGCAGCUGGAUGCGUUUGCCGUCAAGGGCGGGGUGCUGGGCGACGAGGGGAGGGAUUACCUCGUCGUGGGGGACUGGGAGGGGAAUCGGACGGAGGAGCUGGGGGCGAGGGUGAUUGACGCGGUGGGCUUGGUGAUGGGCGAUGAGAGGGUGAGAGGAUUUGAGGAGCAUGUGCGGUUUGGGAAGUAUAGGAGUUUGAGGGCGGCGGUGGAGGCUGGCGAUGAGAGGAGGGCGGGGGAGUUGGGCGCCAAGUUUGGAUGGGAGCUGGAUGCGUUGAAGUUCAUCAUGGGGAUGGAGCUGGCGUACAAGCGGAUGCCGCACAAGAAGUGGUAUGCUAUACUGGAUGAUGAUACCUUUGUGGUGAGGGAGUCGCUGGAGUUGCUGCUGGGGCGUUUGGACCCCGGGAAGGCGUGGUAUUUGGGCAACGCGGUGGGCGAUUACAAGGCGAGGUUUGCGCACGGCGGCUCGGGGGUGCUUAUUUCGGGGGAGGCCAUGAGGAUGCUGUUUGGGAGGGGGGAUGUCGUGCGCGAGGCGUACGUGCGGUCGUUGGAUGAGGUCUGGGGGGAUAGACUCGUCGCGAGGACGUUGCUCCGCAUGGGGGUUUAUCUGGACGAGCAAUUCAGCCACUACUUCAAUGGGGAGGCGCCUGAUUUGACGCGGAUCAGGGCAGACGGAGCGUGUUCACCGAUUGUGAGCUUUCACGGGCUGAGAACGCCUGGGGCGAUGGUGAAGGCGGCGAGAGCGUUGGGCAGGAUGAAGGAGCCGGUGCUCUGGGGCCAGUUGUGGGGGUUGUUCGGGAGAGACGCGUUGGAGUCCUAUGGGGAGGAAUCGACGGCGCUGAGGGACGGCCAUGAUCAUGUUGGCCCUGGCGGGGAAGAGGAGGUCCGUGUGUGGAGGGGCAUCAAGACGGCUCAGGAUUGUCAGCGGAAAUGCAGAGGCACAGGCAGAGGCACUGGCGGCUGUUUGGCAUGGACGUAUUACACCGAAAGUCGCGAGUGUCGUGGCAGUCCGUGGUUCAUUGUUGGCUCGCCGCGAACUGAGGUUGGCACGGUGUCCGGGAUCAACUGGUCAGGGGCGAGGGCUGCAUUUCACGAAUGCUCACUUUCGGGGUGA